UGUCGGUAUGUCUAUCAGCUGACAAAUAUAAGCGCUCCGUUCAGUCACUCACGAGAUGUGUUCAGUCACUCAGGUUUAGGACGACUGGGCAGAAAUCACAUUACAUACAGUAAUGUUUAAAAACGCGUUAGAAAAGUAAAAACCUUUUUAAAACUGCGAUGAAUCAUGAAGAGGAGUCGAGGCCACUACUGGCAGAGGAGGAGAGUGAGCAGAGGGGAGAGGACAGGACUGAAACUGAUGCCUAUCUGAACAAAGUGAAAAAUGGGAAGUUGUACAUGGCUACGCUUGCAGCUGUUCUUGGACCCCUUAGCUUUGGCUUUGUGCUCGGCUACAGCUCUCCUGCAAUACCAGAUCUAAAGCAAAUCCCUGAUCCAAGGCUAAGACUCACUACUGAAGAAGCCUCCUGGUUUGGGUCUGUGGUGACGAUUGGAGCUGGGAUCGGAGGUCUGCUGGGAGGAUGGUUGGUGGAGAAUAUUGGGCGGAAGCUGAGUCUCAUGCUCUGUUCUUUGCCGUUCAUUUUCGGUUUCACCAUCGUCAUCGCUGCUCAGAACCACUGGAUGUUGUAUGUGGGACGGGUCCUCACUGGCUUAGCCAGUGGAGUCACGUCUCUUGUUGUGCCUAUCUACAUUUCAGAAACGUCUCAUGAGCGUGUAAGAGGAGCGAUGGGCUCCUGUGUGCAGCUCAUGGUAGUGACUGGAAUCAUGGGAGCAUAUAUUGCUGGUCUGUUCCUUGACUGGAGAUGGCUGGCCAUCACCUCCUCCAUUCCCCCUACAUUGAUGCUGUUGUGUAUGUGCUUCAUGCCAGAGACGCCACGCUACCUGCUGUCUCGGGGGAAGAGGCAUGAAGCAGAAGAGGCACUGCGCUUCCUUCGGGGACGUGACACACCAGUUGAGUGGGAAUGUGCCAGAAUAGAAGCAGCCUCUCGAUAUGAGGAAGGAAGUCUGAGUCUGGCUGAUAUGAAAGAUGCUGGUGUGUAUAAACCUUUAGGAGUGGGCAUCAUGAUGAUGCUUUUACAGCAGUUCACCGGCAUCAACGCCAUCAUGUUCUACGCACAAACUAUAUUUGAACAAGCGCAUUUCCAGAAUGGCAAUGUUGCAUCAGUGAUUGUAGGAGCCACUCAGGUAUUCUUCACAGCAGUCGCGGCUCUAAUCAUGGACCGAGCUGGAAGAAAAGUUCUCCUCGUCCUGUCAGGUGUUGCCAUGUGUUUGAGUGAAGCAGCUUUUGGGAUUUAUUUCAAGUUGGCUACAGUGAAGCCGAGUAACGCUACACUGUACAGCACAAUUGUGGUAGCCCAGGAUGCAGUCGGUGACGCUACACACCCUGACCUGUCCUGGCUCGCACUUGCUAGUAUGGGCAUUUUUAUAACAGGUUUCGCACUGGGUUGGGGGCCUAUACCGUGGCUCGUGAUGUCUGAGAUAUUUCCCACCAAAGCUCGAGGGCUCGGAAGUGCUGCAUGUGUACUUACUAACUGGAGCUGUGCCUUCAUUGUCACCAAGACUUUCCAGAAUCUCAUGGAUCUCAUAACCAGUGCAGGAACAUUCUGGAUGUUCUCGUGUUUCUGUGCCCUCAAUGUCAUCUUCACAGUCUUUUUUGUCCCAGAGACUAAAGGCAAAACACUGGAGGAGAUUCAGGCUUAUUUUAAAGGAACUCACUCUCACUAGGCUUGAGUCUCCGUUCUCACUGCUGGCACCAAAAGAUACAAAUUUGCACAUCUUGGCUGGAUUUCUUCAAUCAACAUGCCUCGGAGUAACAAAUUGUCUUUCGACUCCAAAGAUUACUAAUGAGGUCUAUUUACAAAUUUGUCUUUCUAAAAAAGGUGGUCAUACAAGAUAUAUUAAAACUUGAUACUUUCUGUGCAGGUGUACUGGGGCUGACAUUUGUACUUUUUGAAUUUACAGGGACUCACUUGCUUUAAUGUUUAAUAUCAGAUCCAUAUCUCCUUAAGUUUCACUUCUUUGGGAAUCUUUAACAAAUGGUACUUGCUUAUAAUGUGAUGUUACACUGCCACUGGGUUUAAAAUGUUUUUUUGAGAGUUUGUGCCAUAAAACAUUAGAUGGAGGUUGGAUGAGUUGAUAAGAUCGCAGGUUAAAUGAGUUAAUAAGCUAAUGAUACUGCAAAUGAACUAAUGCCAUUCUUUAACAUGUGUGUCAGGAUGUCUUUUGGUUAGAAUCUUUCUUAUUUUGUGUUUUGUUUUUGAUAAAGAUAAUAUAAAAAUGCAUGUAUGUCUGCUGUUGCAAAUAGUUUGUAAUAAAAAAAAUAAUAAACUAUAAUUGCAUAGA